UAAAAACAACUAAAUAAAAGGGGAAAAAACAGCGGCAACAACUACAAAAAAUCCAGUAGAGAGGAGCGGAGAGGGGAGCAACGCAACCACGGCCCCAAGAUGUUGUACCAGCUAAGUAAGGCCACCACCAGAAUCCGACUCAAAAGGCAGAAAGCCGUUCCACAACAUUGCUGGCUCUGGAGUCUGGCGCUACUGGCAGCAUUUACCCUAAAGGAUGUGAGAUGCGCCGAUCUAGCCAUUAGUAUACCCAAUAAUCCUGGUCUGGAUGAUGGUGCCUCCUAUCGGCUGGACUAUCGUCCGCCCUUUGGUUAUCCAGAACCGAACACAACCAUUGCCUCGCGGGAUAUUGGCGAUGAAAUUCAAUUCUCAAGGGCUCUGCCCGGCACCAAAUACAAUUUCUGGCUGUAUUACACGAACUUUACGCACCACGACUGGCUCACCUGGACGGUGACGAUAACGACAGCUCCUGAUCCGCCAUCGAAUCUCUCCGUUCAAGUGCGUAGCGGGAAGAACGCCAUCAUCCUGUGGUCACCGCCCACCCAGGGCAGCUACACGGCCUUCAAGAUCAAGGUGCUGGGCCUGUCGGAGGCCUCGAGCAGUUACAAUCGCACCUUUCAGGUGAAUGACAAUACAUUCCAGCACAGUGUCAAGGAGCUGACACCGGGAGCCACCUAUCAAGUGCAAGCCUAUACAAUAUACGAUGGCAAGGAGUCUGUGGCAUACACCAGUAGAAAUUUUACCACGAAGCCCAACACUCCGGGGAAAUUCAUCGUCUGGUUCCGGAAUGAGACGACCCUGCUGGUCCUGUGGCAGCCGCCAUAUCCGGCGGGUAUCUACACGCACUACAAGGUCUCCAUUGAGCCGCCGGAUGCCAACGACAGUGUGCUGUAUGUGGAGAAGGAGGGCGAGCCGCCGGGCCCGGCGCAGGCGGCCUUUAAGGGAUUGGUCCCUGGGCGAGCCUACAACAUCUCCGUGCAGACAAUGUCCGAGGAUGAGAUCUCGUUGCCCACCACAGCGCAAUAUCGAACGGUGCCGCUGCGACCGCUGAACGUGACCUUUGACCGGGACUUUAUCAGCUCCAACUCGUUCCGGGUGCUAUGGGAGGCCCCAAAGGGUAUAUCCGAGUUUGACAAGUACCAGGUUUCGGUGGCCACCACCCGACGACAGUCCACUGUUCCGCGUAGCAAUGAGCCGGUGGCUUUCUUUGAUUUCCGUGACAUCGCAGAGCCAGGCAAAACCUUCAAUGUGAUUGUAAAGACAGUGUCCGGCAAGGUCACCUCGUGGCCAGCCACCGGAGAUGUUACCCUGCGUCCACUGCCCGUUCGGAAUCUGAGGAGUAUCAAUGAUGAUAAGACUAAUACAAUGGUGAUCACCUGGGAGGCAGAUCCGGCCAGUACGCAGGACGAGUAUCGCAUUGUCUACCACGAACUGGAGACCUUUAAUGGAGACACCAGCACCUUGACCACAGAUCGCACACGCUUCACCCUGGAGAGCCUGCUGCCUGGCAGAAACUACUCUCUCUCCGUGCAGGCCGUCUCCAAGAAGAUGGAAUCCAAUGAGACAAGCAUCUUUGUGGUCACACGGCCUUCGUCUCCGAUCAUUGAGGAUCUGAAGAGCAUCCGAAUGGGCCUGAACAUUAGCUGGAAGAGCGAUGUCAACUCAAAGCAGGAGCAAUACGAGGUCUUGUAUUCCCGCAAUGGAACAAGUGAGGUGCGCACCCUGAUCACCAAGGAGUCCCGGCUGGUGAUCAAGAAUCUUCAGCCAGGUGCUGGCUAUGAGCUAAAGGUCUUUGCCGUUAGCCAUGACCUGAGGAGCGAGCCGCAUGCCUACUUCCAGGCAGUGUAUCCCAAUCCACCGAGGAACAUGACCAUCGAAACAGUGCGCAGCAACUCUGUCCUGGUCCAUUGGUCACCGCCGGAGAGCGGUGAAUUCACUGAAUAUUCCAUUCGCUAUCGAACGGACAGCGAGCAGCAGUGGGUGCGCCUGCCCAGCGUCCGAUCCACGGAGGCGGACAUCACCGACAUGACCAAGGGCGAGAAGUACACCAUUCAGGUGAAUACGGUGAGCUUCGGCGUGGAGAGCCCAGUGCCGCAGGAGGUGAACACAACGGUGCCACCGAAUCCCGUAUCCAAUAUCAUCCAACUGGUGGACUCCAGGAACAUCACACUGGAAUGGCCCAAGCCCGAGGGACGUGUAGAGUCCUACAUACUCAAGUGGUGGCCCAGCGACAAUCCUGGUCGCGUACAAACGAAGAACGUCUCGGAGAACAAAUCGGCUGACGAUCUGUCCACGGUCCGCGUGCUUAUUGGCGAACUGAUGCCGGGCGUGCAGUACAAGUUCGAUAUCCAGACGACCUCGUACGGCAUCCUUUCGGGCACCACAAGCCUCUAUCCGCGCACCAUGCCCCUCAUCCAAUCGGACGUGGUGGUGGCCAAUGGCGAGAAGGAAGACGAAAGGGACACAAUCACGCUGAGCUAUACACCAACGCCACAGUCCUCCUCCAAGUUCGAUAUCUAUCGCUUCUCCCUGGGCGACGCCGAGAUCCGGGACAAGGAGAAGCUGGCCAAUGACACUGAUCGCAAGGUGACCUUCACUGGCCUUGUGCCAGGACGCCUGUACAACAUCACCGUGUGGACUGUGAGUGGCGGUGUGGCCAGUCUGCCCAUCCAGCGGCAGGAUCGUCUCUAUCCGGAGCCCAUCACCCAGCUGCAUGCCACUAAUAUCACGGACACGGAGAUUUCGCUGCGCUGGGAUCUGCCCAAGGGCGAGUACAAUGACUUUGACAUUGCCUACCUGACGGCGGACAACCUGCUGGCCCAGAACAUGACCACACGCAACGAGAUCACCAUCAGCGAUCUACGUCCGCAUCGCAACUACACCUUCACUGUGGUGGUGCGCUCCGGUACAGAGUCCUCAGUGCUACGCAGCAGUUCACCGCUCUCGGCCAGCUUUACCACAAAUGAGGCAGUGCCAGGUCGCGUGGAACGCUUCCAUCCCACGGAUGUGCAGCCCAGCGAGAUUAAUUUCGAGUGGUCACUGCCCUCCAGCGAGGCGAACGGUGUCAUCCGACAGUUUGCCAUUGCGUACACGAAUAUCAACAAUCUGACGGAUGCCGGCAUGCAGGACUUUGACUCGGAGGAAUCCUUUGGCAUUAUCAAGAACCUAAAGCCGGGUGAGACAUAUGUCUUCAAGAUUCAGGCCAAGACAGCCAUAGGCUUUGGCCCCGAACGCGAGUAUAGACAAACGAUGCCAAUAUUGGCACCACCACGUCCCGCCACUCAGGUGGUGCCAACGGAGGUCUAUCGCAGCUCCAGCACCAUUCAGAUUCGAUUCCGCAAGAACUACUUCUCGGAUCAGAACGGUCAGGUGCGCAUGUACACCAUCAUUGUGGCGGAGGAUGAUGCCAAGAAUGCCUCCGGCCUGGAGAUGCCCAGCUGGCUGGAUGUGCAGUCGUAUAGCGUGUGGUUGCCCUACCAGGCCAUCGAUCCGUAUUAUCCCUUUGAGAAUAGAUCCGUUGAGGACUUUACCAUCGGCACGGAGAACUGUGACAAUCACAAGAUUGGCUACUGUAAUGGACCUUUGAAGUCAGGUACCACCUACCGGGUCAAGGUGCGCGCCUUUACCGGACCGGACAAGUUCACGGAUACGGCCUACAGUUUUCCAAUUCAAACUGAAAUGCUGAGCUCACCGGAUCAAGAUAACACCUCCCUGAUUGUGGCUAUUACGGUGCCGUUGACCAUUAUUUUGGUGCUCCUGGUCACGUUGCUCUUCUACAAGCGACGCCGGAACAAUUGCCGCAAAACCACCAAGGACUCGCGGGCCAAUGAUAAUAUGUCCCUGCCGGACAGUGUCAUCGAACAAAAUCGUCCGAUUUUGAUCAAGAACUUUGCGGAACACUAUCGUCUUAUGUCCGCCGAUUCGGACUUCCGCUUCAGCGAGGAGUUUGAGGAACUGAAGCAUGUGGGUCGCGAUCAGCCUUGCACCUUUGCGGAUUUGCCCUGCAAUCGUCCCAAGAAUAGAUUCACCAACAUCCUGCCCUAUGAUCACUCACGUUUCAAGCUCCAGCCGGUGGACGAUGACGAGGGCAGUGAUUAUAUCAAUGCUAAUUACGUGCCCGGUCACAAUUCGCCGCGGGAGUUCAUCGUCACCCAGGGACCGUUGCAUUCCACACGGGAUGACUUCUGGCGCAUGUGCUGGGAGAGCAACUCCCGGGCCAUUGUCAUGCUAACCCGGUGCUUCGAGAAGGGUCGCGAGAAGUGCGACCAGUACUGGCCCAAUGACACUGUUCCGGUGUUCUAUGGUGACAUUAAGGUGCAGAUUCUCAACGAUAGCCACUACGCCGACUGGGUGAUGACCGAGUUUAUGCUGUGCAGGGGCAGCGAGCAGCGCAUCCUGCGGCACUUCCACUUCACCACCUGGCCGGACUUUGGUGUGCCCAAUCCGCCGCAGACGCUGGUGCGUUUCGUGCGUGCCUUCCGCGACCGGAUUGGAGCGGAGCAGCGGCCCAUUGUGGUGCACUGCAGCGCCGGUGUGGGCAGGUCGGGCACAUUCAUCACCCUAGACCGCAUCCUGCAGCAGAUUAAUACGUCCGACUAUGUGGACAUCUUUGGCAUUGUGUAUGCCAUGCGCAAGGAGCGCGUUUGGAUGGUGCAGACGGAGCAGCAGUACAUCUGCAUCCACCAGUGCCUGCUGGCGGUGCUCGAGGGCAAGGAGAAUAUUGUGGGACCCGCCCGGGAGAUGCACGACAACGAGGGCUAUGAAGAUGACGAAGGCAUCGCCGAGUCGGGAAUGUAGACGCCAAUUACUCCAAUCCACUCCAAUCCAAUCCAAUCCCAACCGAACACAACUGAGAACCGAAUGGAAACCGAACCCAACUCAACCAUCAUGUGGCAAACUACAUUAUUAUUUACUUAAGGGGCGUGAGGGAGCUAAUGGAAGGAUAUGGAGAUCCACGCUUGAUAUUAUACUUGGAUAUAUACUACAUACACCGGAUACUACUCGAUAUAUAUAUAUAUAUAUACAUAUAUAAAUAUACACCGAUCUAUCGAAUGGGAAUGCAGCAAUCUCGCCAAACAGAACACGCAUCAAUUUAUACAUUUUAUAUAGUAUGUAUACACAACAUAUAUAUAUAUAUAUCGUAAGAUAAUCAAGGGAUCCGAUUGCGAUUGAAAUUGUAAUCGAGUAACGAGUAACGAGUAACGUGUAACGAGUAAUUGUAAUUGCCGCUUCAACUGGAGAAUACUGAAUACUGAAACGUAUUUUACGCUAGCCACAAUUUGAUAUAAACUAUAUAUAUUGUAUCUUCCAAUUUUUUUUUGUACACUUAAUGUUAGUUGAAAUAUGUAUGUGAGCCAGACGAGCAAAUUUUUGUAGCCAACUAAAAGCGCUAAAUGUUUACUUUUUAUAUUAUUAUUAUAUAUAUAUGUAUGCAUAUAUAUAUAAAUACUUGAUAAACAUAUACCUUAUAUUAGACCUAAACUAAAACUAAACCUAAACUAACUCUAAAUCGCACACACGCCCACUCAUAGACACUCACAACUACGACAACAACACAAGAUGCAAUAAUUGAGUUAAAUAGAUUUAAUACAACAAAGAUUUUGCUGCAUGUAUGUAUGUACGUAUGUAGUGUAGUGUAAUCCUUUUUACAU